UCUGGUAUUACAUCUUUCUACGAACGACAUGCUUGUUAAUCGAUUCAAGAUGAAACUCGAAAUUAAAUCGAAAGUAAGCCUGAUGAGUACUCUUCUUUUCGAAGAUAUCAAUUAGUGAAAGUCGUCUGCUUAAGUUGACUCCUUAAAGCAAUACACAGCAACUAUGAGUGGCAAAUUCAGAUUCGCCAUUGACAGAGGUGGCACAUUCACUGAUGUUUGGGCCCAGUGCCCUUCAGGAGAGGUGAAGAUCUUGAAGCUUCUGUCAGAGGAUCCUCAGAACUAUCCAGACGCUCCCAGGGAGGGCAUUAGAAGAAUUCUUGAACAGUCGUUAGGCAGAGAGGUGCCUGCUGAUAGACCCAUUGAUGUCUCACAUAUUGAUUGGGUUCGAAUGGGUACAACCGUGGCCACAAAUGCUUUGUUGGAGAGGAAGGGCACGAGAAUGGCCCUGCUGAUUACCAAAGGCUUUAAAGAUCUUCUUCAUAUUGGCAACCAAGCCAGACCUAGCAUCUUUGACUUGGAGAUAAGUACACCAGCCCAGUUAUAUGACAGAGUGGUAGAGGUUCCAGAGAGGCUAGUUCUUCACCAAGAGAAAUGUGAAAUCAAGAAAAAUGCUGAAAUUGUUAUGGGGAAAACUAAAGAAAAGCUGGAAGUUUGGCUAAAGGUUGAUGAGAAGAAACUCCGGGAAGAGUUGCGGGCCUUACAAGAAGAAGGGAUUACCAGCCUUGCUGUUGUGCUCAUGCACUCUUACAUAUAUGAUGAUCAUGAGCAAAGGGUGGGUGUGAUUGCCCGUGAGAUGGGUUUUACCCAGGUGUCGCUGUCAUCAGAUGUGAUGCCAAUGGUCCGCAUUGUUCCUCGGGGUUACACAGCAUGUGCCGAUGCCUAUCUGACGCCAUGCAUCAAAACCUAUGUGGAGGGCUUUGCCUCUGGAUUUGAAGGAGGCCUGCAGAACAUGAGGGUGUUAUUCAUGCAGUCUGAUGGUGGUCUAACUCCUGUUAAAUCGUUUAUUGGUUCGAGGGCCAUUUUGUCAGGACCGGCGGGUGGUGUGGUGGGGUAUGCGUUGACCACUUAUAACAAGGAGUCUGGCAUGCCCAUCAUUGGAUUUGAUAUGGGAGGAACAUCCACAGAUGUAAGCCGCUAUGCGGGUCAGUACGAACAUGUGUUUGAAACAACCACUGCUGGUGUCACCAUACAAGCACCACAGCUGGAUGUGAACACAGUGGCUGCAGGGGGUGGCUCCAUGCUGUUCUUCCGCUCAGGAAUGUUUGUUGUAGGACCCGAGUCUGCUGGGGCCAACCCUGGGCCUACCUGCUAUAUGAAAGGUGGUCCCCUCACUGUGACUGAUGCCAACUUGUGCCUAUCCAGACUUCUACCGGAGUACUUUCCAAAGAUAUUUGGCAAAGGCCAGGAUCAGCCACUGGAUGUGGCAGCUACCAAGGCAGCCUUUCUGAAGCUCACAGAAGAAGUAAACACAUUUUUGAGGAGUCAGUUGGACAGCCCCAAGCGUGAGCCAAUGACUGUGGAGGAGGUUGCUAUGGGAUUCAUCAAGGUUGCCAACGAGACCAUGUGCCGACCAAUACGCGCUCUUACACAGGCAAAGGGUCAUGACACCUCUCGUCAUAUUCUGGCCUGUUUCGGUGGCGCUGGGGGUCAGCAUGCUUGUGCCAUCGCCAGGAGCCUUGGGAUGACUGAGGUGUUUGUACACAGAUAUGCAGGUAUAUUAUCGGCAUAUGGAAUGGCAAUGGCCGACAUCGUCCAUGAAUGUCAAGAACCCAGUGCAACUGUAUAUGCCCAAGAGAAUUUCCAGUAUUUGGAUGACAGGAUAAAUACUCUGUCUGCUCAGUGUGAAGAAGAAUUGGUAAAGCAAGGAUUCACUAAGGACCAGAUUGAAACCACUGCAUUUCUGCAUAUGAGAUAUGAACGGACAGACUGUGCUCUCAUGUGUUCUACAGAGAGUUUCCCAGCAAAAACAGGCACCAGUCAACAUGGCAACUUCCUGUCUGCAUUCCAAGACAAGUACUUUACCGAGUUUGGCUUCACCCUGCCUGCCAGGCCAGUCAUAGUGGAUGACAUACGCAUACGGGGUGUGGGAAAGGCUGUCUGUAACACAGAACACUCCAUUCCAAGAGGAGACAGGGAUCCACAAGUAGAAAUAACAACAAGCUGCUACUUUGAUGAGGGGUGGCAGGAUACAGCGGUCUACCUCUUGGACAAGCUGGGCGCAGGACAUACCAUCAGUGGCCCAGCCAUUAUCAUGAAUGGAAACAGUACCAUUCUUGUGGAGCCAACAUGUCAAGCUUCUAUCACAAAACAAGGGGAUGUGAAACUAAAGAUAGGCAAGGGGGUAGUAGAGAGAGUUGGCAAGGACUUAGACAUGAUUCAGCUCUCCAUUUUCUCACACAGGUUCAUGAGCAUUGCAGAACAGAUGGGCAGGGUAUUGCAGAGAACUGCCAUCUCUACCAAUAUCAAGGAGCGUUUAGACUUUUCCUGCGCAAUGUUUGGACCCGAUGGUGGCCUGGUUGCUAAUGCCCCUCAUAUACCAGUGCAUCUUGGUGCCAUGCAGGAGGCUGUACAAUAUCAGAUGAAGGUGCUGGGUUCAGAUCUGAGGGAGGGAGAUGUGAUCCUGUCCAACCAUCCCAAGGCAGGAGGGAGUCACUUGCCGGACCUCACAGUUAUCACUCCUGUGUUCUACCCUGGAGAGGCAAGACCUGUGUUCUAUGUGGCCAGUCGAGGCCAUCAUGCUGACAUAGGGGGCAUAACUCCGGGCUCGAUGCCUCCGCACUCGCGGUACUUGCAUGAGGAAGGGGCGGUGUUCAAGUCGUUCAAGCUGGUGGAGGCAGGAUUGUUCCAGGAAGAAGAUGUAACACGAGCAUUACACGAGCCCGCCAAGUACCCUGGCAGUAGUGGCACUAGGAAUCUCCAUGACAACCUCAGUGACCUCAAGGCCCAGGUGGCAGCCAAUCAGAAAGGCAUACGUCUCAUCAAGGGUCUCAUUGACGAGUAUGGACUGGACGUGGUACAGGCCUAUAUGGCACACAUUCAGGACAAUGCAGAGCUUGCUGUACGUGACAUGUUACGGGAGAUAGCCAGUAAGACGCUGGCCCAUAGUGGAACUACAUGUCUCUAUGCUGAAGACUUUAUGGACAAUGGGGCACGGAUUGCUCUCAAGGUGGAAAUUAAUAAAGAGGAGGGCACAGCAGUGUGUGAUUUCUCAGGUUCAUCAUAUGAAGUGUAUGGAAACCUGAAUGCACCAAGGGCAGUAACCCUCUCUGCACUUAUCUACUGCCUAAGAUGUAUGGUGGGACAUGAUGUCCCUUUAAACCAGGGAUGUCUCAAGCCAGUUACAGUGAUCAUCCCAGCAGGCAGUAUGCUUGACCCCUCCGAGAAUGCAGCUGUUGUCGGGGGUAACGUGCUCACUUCACAGAGGAUCGUGGAUGUCAUCUUCAAAGCGUUUGAUGUCUGUGCAGCGUCACAGGGUUGUAUGAACAACAUUACAUUUGGCGACUCCGAGUUUGGACACUAUGAAACUGUGGCUGGAGGAGCAGGCGCUGGUCCAAGCUGGGAUGGUAGAAGUGGUGUCCAUACCCACAUGACUAAUACCAGGAUAACAGAUCCAGAAAUACUGGAACGAAGGUACCCAGUGGUGCUGAGGAAGUUCCAUCUCCAGCCAGACACAGGGGGGCGGGGCCAACAUCGGGGCGGGGAUGGUGUGAUCAGAGAAUACCUGUGGAGGAAGUCUCUCACCCUUUCUGUGCUCACCGAACGCAGGGUGUUCGCACCGUAUGGUCUACAUGGUGGUUGUCCGGGAAAUAAAGGCUUGAACCUCAUGAUCUACGAAGGCGGUAGAAUCGUCAAUGUGGGAGGAAAGACGUCUGUUGAUUGCCAUUCAGGGGAUGUUUUUUUGCUUCAAACACCCGGAGGUGGAGGAUAUGGAACCCCAGGAGAAGACGUUUUGGUUAGCAACCACACCGCUGGUCUCCAGGGUAGAAAGUUUGAUCUUGACUCUGAGGAACCAGCCCAGAAGAGGUCAAAGAUUGAGGGAACCAGUCUGUCAAAAGUUGGAACUGGAAGUGUGUUUGAAUACCAGCGGAACCAAGAAUCCGUAUGAUUUAGUUUCCCAUGAUAAGUCAAAGGGGCAGGUCUGCACAUAUAGGUGGUUGUGAAGACGCAGCAGGACCUGUAAAUAAACUCUGAGUAACAUACACACACCAUUUGAUUUAGAACAAGUCAGAGUAGAUAUUGGUUCAAUGUUGAUGUGCAAAAGAUUUUAUUCACAUUUUCAUAUUUGUAUUUUGCUAAUGUAUUCAGUUUUCAUAUCCUGAUUCAAAAAAUCGUUUGCUUUAAACAGUUUAAUAUAUUGGAUAAAAAUGGUCAUGAUGCUGAACAUGAAGUCAGUUUGCAUAGUACCAUUAUUGGAACCAAUGUCUAAGGCACAAAUAUUGAAUUUUGUGUGAUGUUGUUGAUAAUAUUAAGUGUUUUUUUUAUAAGAGAUCAAGUUAUCGUGCAAAAAUGUAAAGGUUUUUAAUUUAUUUGUUAUUUGUGUACUUUUGUUGUUAAUUACCAUUAUUACAUGCUCAAUAAGCAUACAAAGAUUCAUAAGCCCAAUUAUUUCAAUAAAUGGAGAAUUUAACAUUCUAUUGUCUUGGUAUUAAUAGCCAUUAAUAUUGAUUUAUGGUUGCACUGUAUAAAGCUUUGGGUAUAAUUGCAUGAACCUUUCUAUCAACUUCUCCAGUAUUUAAUUUAUGUAAAUGUUUUUGACAUCUUGAUCUUUAAUUUUCAAAAUAAGUCAACAUUGUAUUCAUGUAGCAUUUCUUCAUUUGCUUGGCAUGAAUUCACUUUUUGCAAUGCUAAUAUCAUGUAUUGUAUAUAGUGUAUUGAGUCUGAGAUAUGUCAAAGAUCACAAUGUUCCUUUUGUACCUGUUUAAGGCAUACCAUCUUGGAUAUUUAUUUCAACAUUUCUUGUUAGCUUUCAGGGCAUUGUUCAGGUUAUUAGCAUAUCAUGUCUAAGUGCCAUACUUCUGCUAGUCCUUUUCAAAGCUUGUAUGUGCUUUAUCCUAUCAUGAUACAUGUUUUUGUAUAUAAGUGUGAAGGAAUAAAUAAACAGAAUAAAACUAAAGAAAAAUUC